CAUCUUUUUGUAUUUUCAUUUUCUGGGUCGUGUCAAUUCUCUGCCAAAGCGAAGCUAAAAGUCUACUCUUUCACACCUUUCAAUCCCAUAAACAACACAACGGAAAAAUCAAAGAAUCUGGGGUUUAACCAACACCAUUUUUUCCCAACUCAACUCAAGGUCCGUUUGUUCCACACUUUUUUCUUUUAUUUUAUUUUCUGCCUUUUUUAAUCUUCAUUCACCAGCUUGAAUUUUCUGCUGAAGUUUGAUUGAUUUCAUCUCGAUGUUUUUAGUUGAUUUGCAAAAAUGAAGCUCUUUUUUCCAAUCUCCGCUUAAAUCACUUGGUUUCGGCAUUUUUAUUUUCAGUUUCUACCUUUGUUGAAAUGGAAUCAGUGUGUUUUGUAUAAUUGUAGCACCUUCUGUUUUUAUGUCAUGUUUUGCUUGAAGUUGGUUUUGGGAAUUAGGGUUUUGAAUUAUUUGAUCUUAAUCUGUCACUUGUUUUAGUGGGGUUGUGGUGAUGGAUGAGGUUGAAAAGGCAAAUACUGCAGCUGUAGAGAGCUGCCAUAGAGUGAUUAGCAUCUUAAACCAUGCUCAAGAUCAAAAUUUGAGUAGAAAUUUAGUGCAACAAACAGGGGAGGCUGUGCAGCGUUUCAAGAAAGUAGUCUCUCUCCUCAAUUCAAGCUGCGGUCAUGCUAGAGUCAGAAAGAGCAACAAAUUCCAGCCUCAUUUCCCUCCAACCAUAUUCCUUGAAACCCCCAUUUCCCAGAAUGAUGAUCAGCAGCACCCUAAACCCCUUCAUAUGCUUCAGAUCAAUCCCAAUUCACGCCAAGAAUCUGUAUCCGUAGCCAAAAAUUCUCUCACAUUGGGAAACCCUUCUUUGGAAUUGAGCUCCCAUGGAAAGAAUCUCCGCCUCUCGCAGCAAACACCGCUGCCCAAUUACCAUUUCUUGCAGCAGCAGCAGAGGUUUCAGCAGUUGAAGCAGCAGCAGCAGGCUGAGCUUAUGUAUAGGCGUAGCAAUAGCGGCAUUAGCCUUAACUUUGAUAGCUCCUCGUGCACCCCUACAAUGUCCUCAACUAGGUCUUUCAUCUCCUCAUUGAGUAUGGAUGGUAGCGUGGCAAACAUGGAUGGGAGUGCCUUCCGUUUGAUUGGUGCAGCGCGGUCUGCUGAUCAGGCUUCGUUUCAUCAGAAGAGGAGGUGUUCUGGGAGGGGAGAGGAUGGAAGUGUUAAAUGUGGAGGCAGUGGCAGAUGUCAUUGCUCUAAGAAGAGGAAGCAUAGAGUGAAAAGGUCAAUCAAAGUGCCUGCUAUAAGCAACAAGAUUGCUGAUAUUCCCCCUGAUGAGUACUCGUGGAGGAAGUAUGGCCAGAAACCAAUCAAAGGCUCUCCUCACCCCCGGGGAUACUACAAAUGCAGUAGCAUGAGAGGGUGCCCGGCUAGGAAACAUGUGGAGCGAUGCUUGGAAGAUCCUGCGAUGCUCAUAGUCACUUAUGAAGGCGAACACAAUCACCCAAGGCUGCCUUCACAGUCGGCCAACGCAUGAUUUGCAGGGGAUAUUGUUGUUGUUCAGAAAUCAUCUUCUAAAUUAGACUUGAUUGGUUCUGUACAUAAGCUGCUUGAGCUGAGGCAGGGGCAAGCUGGGCGUCGCUGUUUUCUUCAAGGCUUCUAGUUCUAGACGUUGGUAAGACAUGAACUCGAUCAAGAUUUGGUUGUAAGAAAAAAGUUAUUCCAAUCAAUCUUUAACUGACUGUUUUCAUGUUUUGUUUUUUGAGAAGUUGGUGGAUUUCUAUGGUACUGAUUUUUUAGCUUUA